UCAUCACCUCAUCACAUAAAUAGAGAUAAGCAUGCGCAGGUUGGGCGGCGGCGGCAGACAUAUGGGCGGCGGCACCAUCAGAUCCCUCCAAAGGGCCAUCAGUGCAAAGACAGGAGGAACAGCCAAGAAGCUGCGGCCCACUUCUCCCAACACCGCUCUAACUCUUUCAUCUCCAUCGACGCUCAGUCUUCCGCCACCGCAAGCUGUUUCUGCGGCGGCCGACUGGGAGUAUGUUACUAGGACUGAUGAAGAUGAGACGGCGGCGCGUGCUUUCUACGAUGAUUAUGUGUUUCAUUCUGUUCCAUCUGCUGAUGAAGUUCAUCAUGCUGUUUCUGCACUUCAGCUGGCCCUUGGUUCCAGCUCUCCAACACAAGAAUGUGAUGAAAUUGAGUGGUUUGAGCCCUCACACAACCACUACUCUACCAAAGAGAUGCAGCGUCGUCCGAGCAACGAUGUGGUGAACAAUGCCUUCCAUUUAUUGGAGACUGAGCCUUGUGUGCAGAGAAUGGUUGUCUCCUUAUCCUCUGAUAAGGCCGUCUGGGACGCGGUCAUGAACAACGAGGUCGUGAAGGAGCUUCGAGGAUCAAUGCAUCGAGUUGGUAGCUUGGUCUCGGAGAGCUCAGGUGGCCCGAGUGGGGACGGAGACGGAAACAUGAUCAGUUGGGUUGUCAAGUUUGCCAAGGCCAAAAUCAUGCAAGUGAUGGACCUCAUCACAAAGCUUGUGGGUGAUGUUUUUAAGGGGGGCAAGAAAGGAGAUGAUGGGUUGGAUGAGAAAGUGAAGAGCUCGUUGUUGCUAUCGAUCCUGGUGCUAGCCGUGGUAGUCCUGGCUCGAGCCAAGACCGGCUAAAGCCUGAUCACAAUUUGCUGACUUGACUCCUGUCUCAACCACAAACUUGUUUUUCAGUUUGUCUAGAUAUUGCAUCUUUUCUCAUUUGAUAUUGUUUUGGUGCUAUCUUUAGUGUUGGAAGAGGAAAUAAAAAGUUUGAUCUUACUUUUAAAAUAA